AACCGGAUGUGCGAGCCUCGCGUUCUACGGAAGUAAACAAGCUCAGCUGACGUGGAGCUGCGGAACAAACUGGAACAACCUGAACCCAACAACGCGCUGAUUUACAGCAACAAGUGUCCCUCCAGCUUCUUCCUUAGAGCGUUAUCUAUUAAAUAGUCUCUUGUUGGGGUCAUCUGAACUCCCGGGAUUAACUCAACCACAGAGAGAUUAAUAAAACAAACAUGGCGGUGUCAGCGGACGAGGCCAGCAGACCGUUCGCCGGCCUGUCGGACGUCUCCAUCUCGGAGGACAUCCCGGUGGAGGGAGACAUCUCCGUGCCCAUGGGAACCUCUUCCUCCAACAGGCAGCGGGGGGAGGAUGAGUUCUCCACGCUAGAUGAACCCGUGAAGGAGACCAUCCUGCGGGACCUGCGGGCGGUGGGCAGCAAGUUCAUCCACGUGCUGUACCCGAAGAGGAGCACCGCCCUGCUGCGGGACUGGGACCUGUGGGGCCCGCUGCUGCUCUGCGUCACCCUGGCUCUGCUGCUCCAGGGAGGCGCGGCCGACAGCGACGACCACGGGGGGCCACAGUUCGCUGAGGUCUUCGUCAUCGUCUGGUUCGGCUCCAUCAUCAUCACCCUGAACUCCAAGCUGCUGGGCGGCACCAUCUCCUUCUUCCAGAGCCUGUGUGUGUUGGGUUACUGCAUCAUGCCUCUGACGGCGGCCAUGGCAGUGUGUCGCAUCGUCCUGGUGGGCGGCUCGGGGACGGUCAGCUUCAUCGUGCGGCUCGUGGUGGUGACGGCGUCCUUCGGCUGGUCCACCUUCGCCUCCACGGCCUUCCUUGCCGACAGCCAGCCGCCCGGACGCAAGGCGCUGGUGGUUUACCCGGUGUUCCUCUUCUACUUCGUGAUCGGCUGGAUGGUCCUGACGUUCUCGCCGUCACAGUAGAAGGGAAACCAAAAGGAAGUGUUAAACUGACAGAGAUGAGGAAGGUUUUUGUGGAGUGAAAUAACUCAAACUACCGGAUCUGCCUUGGAGGGAAGAUGAAUGACUGCUGAAGUGGGUCUUUCUGGGCCUCUGUUUAAGCACAAAGGCUCAUGGGACAUCAAAAUAAUUCCUUUCAGGCAAAGCAAUCGCACUCAGAUUCAGAAGAGUCUGGUGGACGCUGUGCUGCAGAUGGUGAAAGCUAAUGAAUAUCUUCACAUUUAAGAGCUGUGUAAUGGUAAGGUACAUAGUCUUGUAUGUGCUCUAUGAAUGUUGGAACUACCAGGGCUACAAUAUAAUAUUUCCUCUAUCUCUGGGUCUAAGAACUUGUUUAUUUUUAUGGUCAUUUUCAUCCUAAAUUCUUUACUUUUAGACGUUUAGCAGAUGCUUUUCUGCAGCUUGACCACGCAUCCUGGCUGUUGGGCUAUUAGUGAGCAGCUGUGCACUGUGAACUGUGAUUAUUGGUGAUUGUUGUCCUUUUCAACAAACUUUCUUUUAGUAUUUUGGGGGAAAAUGUUGUUUUUAUUUGUCAGAUAACAAGAGGGAAAGAGAUUGGGACGACCUCUUGGCCACAGGAGGUAUCUCAUGUCUGUGAAAUAUGAAAGUACAGCCUAGCUUAGCAUAAAGAAUAGGGAGAGGGAUAAUUAACUGGAUUGUUUCUGUCCAAAGUUAACAAACUACCAACAACUCUAAACUAUAAAGGAUUAAUUAACAUGUCGUGUAAUUCGUUUUUAUGUGGUCUUAUGCACCUGAAUGUUCUUGACCAACACUAGAAGGGUAUCAAUCUUCUCAUCCAACCUUCAGCAGGAGAAAGGAUAAUUAUAGUCCUCCAAGAGUUUCCUUAAGGAUAUAAUCUAAAACUGAUGCACAUCAGAUGCACAUCUCAUUCUGAUAUAACUCCCUAAGUUGCAUAGCGGUGUCACCUUUGCUCUUGCAGCCACGUGGAUUCAAAAAGUUAAUUGGAUUUAAGAUGUAAAAAUAAGUCAGUCUGAUUAACAGCUUCUGUCAUUUCUGUAAGGCAGGCAUGUUGCACGUUGGCAGUCAGCUGUUAUUUGUUUAAAGGCACAAUGAGUAGGGUUUGUCGGUUGUGGUUUGUAAACAAAACUUUAAAAGCCAUCACCCGGUUUACUCUGGAACAAGCUUUGUUUGCUUAGUACUUUGCCCAGGAUGUAUUUGCGUUUCUUCAGCACCGUGUUCGCCAUUUCUGUAUCUUGUCUUUGCAUGCAUGCUUACAAUCUGGCACCUUGUGACUACGUUAUUUAAGAGAGGUUUACUCACAGAAACGUCCAGAACACAGGACUGCAGAUACAGAAGGCAGCAUGCUUAAAGAGGGUCAUACGUGAUGAAUGAGGAAGAUCCUACUCCUUGUGCCUUUUAUCAUAAAGCAUUUAAUAAGUCAACCUUUGUCUGUGCUUAUUGUCUAAAGUAUUCUUGAAUACAUUCUUGGCUGCACAAACUGCAAAACAACUAAUAUUAGAAGAAAUCAGAGCUUCCUAUUAUAGAAUAUUUAUGACAACAGGACAUUUAAUACCCUUUUUCUGUCUCGAGUAAGAGAUGUACUUCUUUCUGUUUUCUUAAACCAUUUAGAUUUCCAUCUUUACUGGUAAAUGUUAACUUUGUGGUGAAUGAUCAGAUGUUCUUUGACCAAUUAUGGAAAUCUAUACUUUUCAAUGUUGGGUUGAAAACAGCAUUCUGGGAAAUGUAGGAAAUGGAUGCAUCACGUUGAGGGGAAAAAAGGUCAAUCAAAAAAGUAAAAUUGUAAUAUUUCUUAUAGGACAUGUGACACCACACACCUGAUAAUACAUCAGUGAUUUGAUAUCUCGCUCUGCUUCUGGGAUCAGUCGAAUGUUUUAGCCCUUCUACUAAUCUUUCUGAUGACCUCUGACCCUCUGACCCUGGCUCUGUAGAAAGAUAACCUGUUCUUUAUGUUCCUUUAAAUCACCAAGUCUAGUUUUGUUGACUUCUUUUAAUUUAUAUGAUUUCCUGUAAAAAAGAUUAAACUAUAAUGAAUCUGC